AUGUUCCCAUUGCUUGCCGUCCAGCUGUUAUUUUCAUCUUUGUGUGCCAACCCGUCCCAAACUUGCCCUUCUUCCUGCUUCUGCUAUGACUCUUCAAACCUAGUAGAGUGUCGAGGGCAGGCUCUCCUCUCUGUACCCCACCAACUCCCCCACAGCACAUGGAUGCUGGACCUUCGCCACAACAACUUUACCCGUCUGGACUCUGCAUCUUUCCAGGCACUGUGGUCACUCCGUAUCCUCCUCCUGUCUGACAAUCAGAUUGAGGUGUUGUCACCAAAAUCCUUCCGCUCCCUUGGCUUUCUGGAACGCUUGGACCUCUCCAAUAAUCUCAUCUCAAACCUGCCCCUGGAUUUCUCUAGAGGUUUGGGGUCACUGCGAGAGCUGAGGGUUCCUUCCAACCGCCUGUCAGUCUUGACUUAUGAGAGCCUUCGUCAUUUGGAAAGCCUGGAGAAAUUGGAUCUUAGCAGAAACUUCUUGAGUUUUGUGGAGCAAGGUGCCUUCCGUGGUCUCUCCAGGCUCCGUCACCUCCAUCUACAGUCCAAUCUACUUGAUGCAGUAAGAGGCGGUUACUUUUUCAUGCUGCAAAACCUAGAGUUGCUAGAUCUUUCCGAUAACAAUGUCAGUAGCAUUGCAGUGGAAUCAUUUACAUCUCUGCAUUCUCUCAGACUCUUGGCUCUGUCCGGGAACCAGCUAAGUCAUCUUAAGUUCAAAACGUUCCUCAACCUUCAGACAUCCAGUACUCACAUCCAGGUAUCUGGUAACCCUUGGGUUUGUGACUGUGACCUUCAGAGGGUGUUUGGCAAAAUCACCAGUGUGAGACACCUGCACAUAGAUGACUAUGACAACCUGACUUGUGCUGGGCCACCACAGCUUUCUGGAGCAGCUUUGGUUUCUGUGGACAACCAGCUGUGCGUAGCUGAGACAGCCACAGUUCUGGUGAUCACCAUAACCGUCCUGGUCACUGUCAUCGCUGCCAUUGUGAUGGCCGAGAGAAACCGGAAGAAGAGUCAGGAAAAAAAUUGGAAUGAGCCAGAUGGUCCAUUUGAAACCCAGGACAAAUGA